CUGCGUCUGAGCACCCCGCCGCCCGCCGCCAGCAACAGCAAGAGCAACCGCCGGAGCAACCCGGGCACUGCCGCCGCCUCCCCACCCCCCUCAAGCCCCACGCUGCUGCAACGGCAACAGCAGGAGCAACCGCAGCAGCAUCAACAGCUGCAGCAGAUGACGCGCCGCCGCCUGCCCAGCCAAGUGGUCAGCAACGGCUCAGCGGCUCAAGGGAAGAUCCUGAUCUACCAACAGCUGGUGGAGGGACUCAAAGCGGUGAACUACGUUGUAGUGAAAGCGUUCUUCGAGAAGGCGCACCAGGAGGUGCUCAACGACAUGGCGCUGUACCCCAUCUUUGAGAACUUUGUCAUGCUCAUCGCGGACAAGCGGACGGCCGAG